CUGCACUGGGUGGUGGCGGCGCGGGGAUGGUGGCGGCGGCCACGGCGGCUCCGGGAGGCGGCGGCGCCGGCAUGGACACCCGGCUGGACCAGGAGACGGCCCGGUGGCUGCAGUGGGACAAGAAUCCUUUAACUUUACAGGCCGUGAAACAACUAAUAGCAGAAGGUAAUAAAGAAGAACUACAAAGAUACUUUGGGGCUCGAAUGGAGUUUGGGACAGCUGGCCUUCGGGCUGCCAUGGGAGCAGGAAUUUCUCAUAUGAACGACUUGACUAUCAUCCAGACUACGCAGGGGUUUUGCAGAUACCUGGAAAAACAAUUCAGUGACCUGAAGCAAAGAGGUGUCGUGAUCAGCUUUGAUGCCCGAGCUCAUCCAGCAAGUGGAGGCAGCAGCAGAAGAUUUGCCCGACUUGCUGCAACCACGUUUAUCAGUCAGGGGAUUCCUGUGUACCUGUUUUCUGAUAUAACCCCAACCCCCUUUGUGCCGUAUACAGUGUCGCAUUUGAAACUUUGUGCUGGAAUCAUGGUAACUGCCUCUCACAAUCCGAAGGAGGAUAAUGGUUAUAAGGUCUAUUGGGAUAACGGAGCUCAAAUCAUCUCUCCUCAUGAUAGAGAGAUUUCUCAAGCUAUUGAAGAAAAUCUAGAGCCAUGGCCUCAAGCUUGGGAUGAUUCUUUAAUUAAUGGCAGUCCACUUCUUCACGACCCAAGUGCUUCCAUCAAUAAGGACUACUUUGAAGACCUUAAAAAAUACUGUUUUCACAGGGGUGUGAACAGGGAGACCAAGGUGAGGUUCGUGCACACCUCUGUCCAUGGCGUGGGCCACAACUUUGUGCAGUCGGCUUUUAGGACUUUUGACUUGGUUCCUCCCGAGGCUGUUCCCGAACAGAAAGAUCCCGAUCCAGAGUUCCCAACAGUGAAAUACCCGAAUCCCGAGGAGGGUAAAGGUGUCUUGACUUUAUCUUUUGCUUUGGCUGACAAAACCAAGGCCAAAAUCAUUUUAGCCAAUGACCCAGAUGCUGAUAGACUUGCUGUGGCAGAGAAACAAGACAGUGGUGAAUGGAGAGUGUUUUCAGGCAAUGAGCUGGGGGCACUCUUGGGCUGGUGGCUCUUUACUUCUUGGAAAGAAAAGAACCAAGAUCACAGCACCCUCAAAGACGUGUACAUGUUGUCCAGCACGGUCUCCUCCAAAAUCUUGCGGGCCAUUGCCUUAAAGGAGGGUUUCCACUUUGAGGAAACAUUAACUGGCUUUAAGUGGAUGGGAAACCGAGCCAAACAGCUAAUAGACCAGGGGAAAAAUGUCUUAUUUGCAUUUGAAGAAGCCAUCGGAUAUAUGUGCUGCCCUUUUGUCCUGGACAAAGAUGGCAUCAGUGCCGCUGUCAUAAGCGCAGAGUUGGCUAGCUUUCUAGCAACCAAGAAUUUGUCUCUGUCUCAGCAGCUAAAGGCCAUCUAUGUUGAGUAUGGGUACCAUAUCACCAAAGCUUCAUAUUUUAUCUGCCAUGAUCCAGACACCAUUAAAAAUUUGUUUGAAAACCUUAGAAACUACGAUGGGAAGAAUAAUUAUCCAAAAACUUGUGGCAAAUUUGCAAUUUCUGGCAUUAGGGACCUUACCACUGGCUAUGAUGAUAGCCAGCCUGAUAAAAAAGCUGUCCUCCCUACUAGUAAAAGCAGUCAAAUGAUCACCUUUACCUUUGCUAAUGGAGGCGUGGCCACCAUGCGGACCAGUGGAACAGAGCCCAAAAUCAAGUACUAUUCAGAACUGUGUGCCCCCCCUGGAAAUAGUGAUCCUGAGCAGCUGAAGAAAGAACUAAAUGAACUAGUCAGUGCUAUUGAAGAAUAUUUUUUCCAGCCACAAAAGUAUAACCUGCAGCCAAAGGCAGAGUAAACUAUUCCAGCUUUGGGCAUAAUUACAUUUACACACAAUUGAGCGGAGCUUCAUUUGUUAAGGAAUAUUUUUGAGGGCCAAAUUAUUUAAGCUAUCGCUACAGGUAUUUAUACAUUUUUUUAAUAGACCUACGUGUUUUCCUCAUUGUUCUAUGUUUGAUCUUUAAGGUGAAGAAAGAUAGCCAAACCUAAUAAACCAACAUUCCUAUUGAAAGGUUAAGCCUGGGCAUUAUCUAAAUUUAAAAAUGAAGAUUUUAAAAAUAACUAACUUUCAAAAAUAUAUUGUAAUUCAUAUGCUUUAAUUAGAAUAAAUAACACAUAUACGUCUUCUCUAUAAUCGUUUUUAUGAAUUAUUGAAAUAGCCAGAAAGCCUAUACAAGUACUAAAUUCUGUGCCGGCCCGGUGGCUUAGCGGCUAAGUGUGCACGUUCCACUACUGGCGGCCCGGGUUCAGAUCCUGGGCACACACCAACGCACCACUUGUCCGGCCAUGCUGAGGCCGCGUCCCACAUACGGCAACUAGAAGGAUGUGCAGCUAUGACAUACAACUAUCUACUGGGGCUUUGGGGAAAAAAAAAGGAGGAGGAUUGGCAGUAGAUGUUAGCUUAGAGCUGGUCUUCCUCAGCAAAAAGAGGAGGAUUAGCAUGGAUGUUAGCUCAGGGCUGAUCUUCUGCACCAGAAAAAAAAAAAAAAAGUACUAAAUUCUGGGCUGUCACAUGUAGGAUAGCCACCUCUUAGGUAUAUGUAUAUUUACAUUUAUUUACAUUUCUAUCAAUUGCUUAAAAAGUAAAAUAAAUGAACAGAUCAAAUGUUGUGUUCAUGUUUAGGGAAAAUACAAUUCACAGGAACCUGUCAAGUGGAGCAAGAGAUACUUUAAAAAAAUAAUGUUUCUUCGACCUAAAACUUUUUAGUUCUAAUAACACACCAUUAUACAUUGUACGUGUGCUCGGAAAAAACAGCUUAACCAUUUUUGUUCAAUCUGUUAACAUUCAUUUUAUCUCUUUAAAUCUUGAAUCAAACAAUUGGCUAUUUGAAACUUGCAAAGAACUUUAUUGUACGGUCGUUUGCUUUAGCACAAUUUAAUGUAAUUCUUGGUCCUGAGGCAGCAAGGACUAUAAGCGAUAACUUAUACCUAUCGCUGACUUUUUACCUGACUAUUUACCUGACUUUGAUUUUUUUGCCUUGUUUGUAUGUGAUUAAAAUCUAAAACCAGACUUUAUUAUAAUAGA